AUGGCAACAGCAGCAGUGACAGUUAUCAAGCCCAAUGGACCCCUUCCAGGCGGCCAGUCUUCUGAGAACUCCAAUGAGUUGCCCCGACCUUACAAGUGCCCUCUCUGCGAUAAGGCCUUCCAUCGUCUGGAGCACCAGACUCGUCACAUCCGAACUCACACUGGCGAGAAGCCUCACGCCUGCCAGUUCCCCGGUUGUAGCAAGAAGUUCUCUCGAUCAGAUGAGCUCACUCGUCACUCUCGCAUCCACAACAACCCAAACUCAAGGCGAGGCAACAAGGCCGCUCAAGCCCACCAGCAGCAGCAGCAUCAAAUGCACCAGCAGGGUAUCCCCCAUCAUAUGCUUCCUGAUGGAAUGAUGGCGCCGCCUCCCGCUCCCAAGACGAUUCGCUCUGCCCCUGGCUCUGCUUUGGCCUCGCCUAAUGUGUCUCCUCCUCACUCUUACUCUACCUUUGCUCUGCCUACCUCUGCAGUUCACUACAACCGAGGUGGUGACAUUUCCAUGCUGGCCAAGGCCGCUACUCAGGUUGAGCGCGAAACCUUGACAGCUCCUCCUCACCACCACAACAACAACCGUCAUCACCCUUACUUUGGUCACGGAAUGCACAGCUCUCGAGGCCACCUGCCUACGCUUUCUUCUUACCAUAUGGCUCGUUCUCACUCAGGCGACGACGACGACCACUACUCCGGCUCUAUGCGCCAUGCUAAGCGCUCAAGGCCUAACUCCCCUAACUCCACAGCUCCUUCAUCACCAACAUUUUCUCACGACUCCUUGUCACCUACACCUGACCACACCCCAAUCGCCACCCCUGCUCACUCUCCUCGCCUACGGCCCUUUUCUGGCUACGAGCUGCCUAGUCUCCGAAACCUUUCGCUUCAACACAACACAACACCUGCUCUAGCUCCUAUGGAGCCUCAUCUCGAGCAAAGCCAGUUCCAGCAGGGAGCGGCACCCACCGCUCAGCCCCGCCCUAACGGCAUUUCUUUAACGGACAUCAUUAGCCGGCCUGACGGAUCUCAGCGCAAACUCCCUGUUCCUCAGGUUCCCAAGGUCGCUGUUCAGGAUCUUCUUUCUGAUAACGGAUUCAGCCACAGCGGCAGGAGUUCAGGAACAAGCAGUCUGGCUGGCGGCGAUCUCAUGGAUCGCAUGUAA